CGGGCCGCUCCGCCAAGAUGGCGCCGCCGUUGCCCCCGCCGCCGCGGCCGCACCAGCCCUCGCUCCGCCUGAGCGCGGAGCGGUACCUGCGGGCACACCCGGCUGUGGCGCUGCUGCUGAGGGGCUUCCUCAGGGAGCUGCUGCUCCAGCGGCCGGAUGAUGUCCUGGGGUUUGCUGCAGUGUAUUUCACGCAUCCGGAGCUGCCAGGACGGAUCCAGGAGGAGCUGGGGAGGGCCCGGGGGGCAGCACCCUGAGCCCCCCCCACCCCGG